GGACGAGGAGGACGAGGAGGAUGAGGAGGACGAGCAGGAUGAGGAGGAUGAGGAGGAUGAGAAGAAGAAGAAGAAUAAGAAUAAGAGACGAGAGUCAACGAUGUCAGAGACCGAGAAGCUCGAGAUUGAGACGGAGGAUGGGAAGAAGAAGAAGAAGAAUUCAAAAGAGGAGAAGGCUACCGCUGAGGAGGAAGGAGAUGAGGACAAGACCCCGACCAAGACACCAAAGCAGAAGACACCGUCAAAGGGAGGAAAGAAAGCCAAUAUUAUUGAGCCAGACAAGGAAGACACAGGACCUACCGCUUCGUCGAAGAAGAGGAAAAAGACCGGAGAUGAAGAAGAGGAGCAGAAAACACCGAAGUCUUCCACGAAGAGAAGGAAGAGCACAGCUGAGAAAACGGAGGAGAAACCAAAAUCGUCUACAAAGAAAAAGCAGAGUUCUGCAGAGAAAGAGGAAAAGGAAGAUGACAAGCCGACGACCCCAUCAAAAAGGAAGGCCAAAACAGAGGAGCAGGAAACACCGAAGAGUUCCACGAAGAGAAGGAGGAGCGCAGCUGAGAAAACGGAGGAGACGCCGAAAACUCCGGCAAAGAAAAGGCAGAGUACUGUGGGGGAAGAGGAAAAGGAAGAUGACAAGCCGACGACCCCAUCACGAAGGAAGAAGGCCAAGACAGAGGAACAGGAAGAGGCAAAGACUCCGGUCAAAGGAGGUGGGAGUGCCACCAGGAAAAAGGAAGAGGAGAAGUCGAAGACUUCUGCAAAAAGAAGACAGUUUACUGUGGAGGUAGAGGUAAAGCCCAAGAUCCCAGCAAAGAGGAAGAAGGCCAAUACCGAGGAAGAAGAAGAAGAAGAAGAAGAAGUCAUGCCUCCGGCCAAGAGAAAGAAGAGGAUCUCUAGAAGUUAGGCUACAGCUAGUUUUCUCCUCCUUUCAUUCUUCUAAAC